CAAAUGAAUGAUAAUAACUAGUUUAGUUGAAUGUCUUUAAAAAUUUUAAGAAACCCUAUUUAACUUUAAUUGUUCGUGUUCAGUGAUCCGUGGACACUAAAAUAGAACUGGACAAAGUGGAUCCGUUAUAAGAAACUUCAAAAUGAGUUUGUCUAGAUCCUGCUUAUCCAACAGGACCAUGAAUGGAAAGAUAUCUUCUCUCGUAGAACAGCAUGGGUCGGCGGGUACACUACGCCCCUCGGCGGUGGCACGGGUUGGACAGGCCGUCAACUGUGCUGUCGAGCGAUUCGUUACCGUCGGGGAAACCAUCGCCGACGACUAUCCCGAAGUCAGACAGGGGAUGUAUGAAGCAUGUAAAGAGGCUAGGCAAGCCGGGGGACUGAUAGAACAUAUCUGCGAAGAGACCGACGAGGAAGUUUUACCUGACAGAAGUACUCUCAUUCGGGGUGCCAGGUGUCUUUUAGGUGCCAUAACUAGAGUUCUUCUACUAGCGGAUAUUGUAGUUGUGAAGCAACUUCUUUUAGCCAAAGACAAGGUCUCCCACAGUCUGGAUCGACUCGAAUCAGUAAACAACUUCACGGAGUUUGUGAAGGCAUUCAGUCAGUUCGGCGCGGAGAUGGUCGAACUGGCCCAUUUGACGGGGGACAGGCAAAACGACCUGAAGGACGAAAGGAGGAGAGCCCAAAUGGCGGCGGCAAGACAAGUAUUAGAACGGUCGACCAUGAUGUUGCUUACAUCUAGUAAAACAUGUUUAAGGCAUCCAGACUGCACAGCUGCGAGGGAAAAUAGGGAUACGGUCUUCUGCCAAAUGAGGAGGGCAAUGGACCUUAUUCAUUUUGUUGUGAAAGAUGGUGUUUUGAACAAUAGUUCAGAAUCAAGUGUGCAGUCAACGCACCGAGAAGAACUGGAGAGUGACAGAGGUACUGCAUAUGCAUGUAUGAGGCAUCUGCAGAACCUGUUAGAACAUAGUAAAACUACUAUGGAUCCUUCGUGUCAAGAGACUUUACCAGCUGCUUUAGAAGCUGUUUUAGAAAGAACUCAGGACUUCACUGAUAGUGCCUAUACUAGCCAUGAGCAUAGAGAAGCCAUUUUAGAAUGUAGCGAAAGAUUGAAAGCUGAGUUGGAUCACCUUUUAGGGCUUUAUGCCAAUAUUGUAAGCCUUCAAUUGGGGUUUGAGGGUUCUGCGAACUGCCCUGAGAUUGAAAACUCUGUACAAGACUGUAUAAAUUCGGCAAGAGACUUGUCAAAACAUUUAGCAAACGCUGCCAUUCACCAAGCUCAAGAUUUAAGCACUGCUACCAAACAGGGAUUGGAACUUGUAUCUGCUAUAAGACAACAGUCUCUGAUGAGUGAGAUCGAUAGACUUCAUCAUACCUCUAAUGCCUUUCAGGAUUCUAUAGACCAUAUCUUAGAAGUCUGUAAACUAUUAAGACAUGUUGCGGUUUCCGAAACACUUCAAGUGUCUGCGAAGUUUACUGAAAUCAACUUAAAAGUUUAUGGACCACAAGUCGUAACUGCGGCUAAAUCGUUAGCUGCAUAUCCAGGAAGUAAAAUAGCUCAAGAAAAUUUAGAAGUAUUCGCUGAUAUGUACCAGUGGUUAGUGUCAGAUGUAACAACAAUAGUGAAAGACGUUUUAGACGCUAGUCAAGCGAAACCCGACAAACAAGUCUAUAUGUCUUUGCCAAGGCCAGGGAAACAUGGAACAACAUCAAAACCGUUAAAAUCUGUACGUUUGGACGUGGAGGAACAAGAAAAAAUUGCAAAGUCUGGUUUGGAAAUGAAAUUGAUAACCAGCGAAAUGGACGCAGAAACAGAAAAAUGGCAAGAGAGUAACAAUUCUCAAAUGGAGGAAAACAACGAUAUUGUUAAAAGGGCUAAAAAUAUGUCGGCAAUGGCAUUUUCCAUGUACCAGUUUACUAAAGGUGAAGGAGCGUUGAAAACUACUCAGGAUUUAUUUACACAAGCGGAGUAUUUUGCUGAAGAAGCAAACAGAUUGUACAAAGUAAUACGACAAUUCAGUUAUCAGGUGCCUGGGGGAUCAAAUAAAAAGGAGCUAUUGGAAAAUUUGGAUAAAGUGCCAACGUUUGUUCAAAGAUUGCAAUUUACCGUUAAAGACCACACUGUUGGCAAAGCCGCCACAUUUACAAAAGUGGAUAACGUCAUUCAGGAGACAAAGAAUUUAAUGAACGUUAUUUCGAAAGUGGUAACUACCUGUUUCGAAUGUGCUACGAAGUAUAAGCUAGAGUUCAGAGGAGCUGGUGCUGGCACUGGACGUGGCGUAGGCGGCGACGGCAGCUCAUCUAGUGGUGGCGCCAGCGGCGGCGACAACAAAGGCGGCAGCGCCACUGGACAAGACCAGAGCUUAUGACAGUUGGGGAUGUCCCGGCGCAACAAAGGGGACUCGAGACGUACUCGAGUCUCCUUCCUGUUGUUCUAGGACAUCUGCCCCCAGCUGCUUUUGUACUUCUUUUGUAACUGUGUAUAGAGGUAUUUUCGUAUAAAGCGGGCAUCUUCGAACAAAUAAUUUUUUAUACAAAUAGAUGGUGCCUCAAAAUACCAAAUAUUAUUGUGCAUUACAAAUAGAUUUUUAUAGAUUCAAGCAAGCACCACAACUAAUUCAGGAUAUGUACAAUAUGUCUAUCAAAUGCAAGGCCAAUGUGUUUUAAAUAAGUUACAGUACAAAUUAUUUAUACAAUACGAAAAGAGUUUAAUCCAUCUGAAUUCUGAAAGAGACAACAUGAACAAUAUAGACAGUAUGGGGCAGACUUCUACUGUCUCUGUUAUGCAUGAUGUCUCUCUCUAAAUUCAGAUGGGUUAAACGCUCUUCUUACUGUAUACGAAAAAUCUAAUGAAAUGAAAUCAAUCACUUAGAAGAAACAUGUUUUUAUAUGUCUCUAAUGAAUUGUUUAUUUAUAUUUUUGAUUUCUUUAUAGAUUCUCUCAAAAAUAAUCAAAUUAUUUUUGUAAUUGUACCAAAAAAUAUCUUGCUUGGAUUUAUAGAUUAAAUUAUUAUUACAUUAGGCUAACGAUUCAAUUAUUUUACCAAAGAUUUUAUAUUACUUAACCAAAUAUAUUUUUAUUUAAGUUUGAAUUAUAUAUUUUUUAUAAAAAAUCCAUAUUUUUGUAGUCAUUACAUAUUUUUUAGAACAAGCUUCGGAACGAUCACACAAGAUAAUUUAGAAGAUACAGGGUGAAAAUGAAAAUAUUUUUGAAACUAUUUUUUUGACAACAGUAGACUAGAUAAGACAUAAUUGUGAGAUUGUCGUGUUUAAUUUAUAAUUAUCAAUAUGCGUGUUUAUUGUCUUCCAUGUAAGGCCAAAUAUUUAGGUAUAUUUGUAAAAAUUCUUAUGAUGGCUAAUUAUAAAAUGGAAUACAGGGAAAUACAUGGAUGUUAGUUAAAUUAUUGUCGUGUGAAUUAAGACAAUCAAUAUUUUUAUAAAGACUGUUUUGUUAUUUCAUUUUGGAUGGCGUCUGUAUUUCAAUUUAUUGAGACAUUAACCAGUUUAAAAGUUGCUUAAUGCUUAAACAGCUUUAUAAGGUUUUUAUUAGAAGGAAAACAAAUUAAUCGUUACUACAUUAAAAAAUAGGAUUUCCCUUAAGAUAUUCAUUCGAUGGUGUCUCAAUAAAUUAAAAUAUUGUACUUGAUUUAAAUGCAAAAAAUCAAGGUAAAUUUCGAAGUUUGUUCUAUUAUUAUUAUUAUAUUUAUACAUGUAUUUUGUAUGUUAUCUAAUGUUAGAGCAGUCUUGCUGCAACAUGUACUCAUUUGUUAAUAAUACUAGUGAGAAAUUAUUCUAAAGUCAUUGGAUGGUGUUUAUUUGUAAUAAUCGGAUCAAUUGUUCAGAAUAAGAAUUGUAAAAAUUUAAUAACAAUACACAGAAAUUGAAAAUCCAUAAAAAUGUGUUUGUAUUGUUAUAAAAAUUUUAAUGUUGAAUCAGCAGUGAAAAGAAAGGAGAAGUAACAAUCAUGUUAAUAUAACCUUACACCAAUCAUUUCUCAAAACUCCAAUUUGAUUGUAAUAUAGAUACAUUUUAUAGUUGUUUUCUAUAUUCUAGUAUAAUAAAUUAAUGUGAUCUCUUAAUACUACUUCUCUCGGUAUAUAUGUAUACUGCUUUUGCUUUUAGUUAUUAACUUAAUUAUCUUUAAAUGUGAAAAUAUAUUUAUCAUAUUAAUACAAAUUUUCCCAAAUAAAUAAUGUUGAUAAUUAAUAUUCGAUGUUUACUUAUAAUAGAUAAUAUUUAUAAUCGCAUUCCUUGAUAUAACAUGUUCGAAAUACCAUAAUCACUACAAUAAUACUCCAAAAAGUAUGAUCUCGAAAUUUUUCGUUACAUUCCAUAAUCAUCAAUAUAAGUAAAAUUAAAUUCUUACAAAUCAAAAAUUUUAUUUUAGUUAACCGGAAUCAUUUACAGAGCAAUUUUAUAAACUUGUAUUAGUAUGAUAAAUUGUGUAUUUGAUAGAACCAUUAUUUUUUAGAAUAUAACGUUAAAGCAAAUAUAAAUAUAUGAUAUUCAUGUUGUGCCUGUAAAAUAAUUACAGUGAGCUACUUGGUAGUUUUAAUUUCUAACAGACUGUAAAUUUGUAUAAAAUGAAUUUAAUUUUAUAAAUUUACGUUGUCGAAAUUCCUCUAUUAUACCAAAGGUAAAUUAGUUUUCUGAAUGUAGUUAUAUAAUAUAGAAGAGACCUAUAAUGAUAUUUUCGUGACCAGUAGAUUUUAGAUUUUGUACCUUUUAAAUUGUAUACUUAAUCAUUGUUAUAUUAUAAUCAGACAUUUGUGAAGAUAUAAUGUGUGGCUAUGGAUAAGGCAAAUUCUCUUGUUGGUGUUUUGAAAGUAUAUAUUGAGCGGUUAAUUAAUAUAUCUUAAAUAAUA